GGUGAGGGCGGAGGGCGCGCCGGCGAGGACGAGGACGAGGGCGACGCCGUGCUGGACGUGGGCUGCGGCACGGGCGAGGUGACGGCGUCGCUGCUGCUGCCGGCGCUGCCCGCGCGCGUGCGGCGCGUCGUGGGCGCCGACCUGUCACCGGCCAUGGUGCGCUACGCCGGCGCGCAGCACCGCGACCCGCGCCUGCUCUUCGUGGAGGCGGACAUCGCGGCGCCCGACUUGCACCGGUCGCCCCUCGCCGCCCAGGCCGGCCCGCGCGGCUUCUUCAAGCUCUUUAGCUUCUACUGCUUGCACUUGGUCGACCAAAGGAUGGCGCUCCGCAACAUGAACGUUUUGCUUGCCCCCGGCGGAGAGGCCCUGUUGGCGUUCCUCGCCAAGUGCCCCAUAUUCAACGUGUACGAGUCGUUAGCAAAGUACCCCCAAUGGCGCAGAUACAUGACAGACGUAAGAAAAUACGUAUCUCCUUAUCAAAAUUGUAAAGAUCCAGUUCGCGAGUUCUCUACAUUGUUGGAUGAAGAAGGAUUUAUUAUUCUCGACUGCUGCUGCAAAGAACUUAAUUUUGAGUACUUGAGCCUAGAAUGCCUCAGAGAUGCUGUUACCUCAGUGAAUCCCUUUAUCGAGAGAAUACCAGAAGGCGAGAGAGCACAAUUUGUCGUCGAUAUUAUGAAAGAAAUCAUUACACAGAAGCUGGUGACAUUUAUUGAAGAUGACAUGCAGAAAAAAAUAACGUUUACUUAUUCUCUUUUGGUUGCAUUUAUAGAAAAAAGUAGAAAUUAAUUACUUCAAAUAUAGUAAUAGAUUGACUCAGGAACACGAAUAUAUUAUACAACAGAAGUAUUUGAUUUACGGUAUUUUACUAGAGUAGCAUUUUAAUCUCUCACAUUUUAUUAGUAGUAUAAUAUUUUGGUGAAAGGGUUUUCUUGUUCAAAUCAUCAAAAAUUGUUUCAGUAAUAGAAUUUUAGAGAAUAUGACUACUUUAUUGAAAGGUGCUCUAACAUCAAUAUUUUUACUAGAGAGAUAGAUAUGAAAUUAGUCAUAUAUUUCUGCGUUAAUCGUUUUGAAGUAUUUAAUAAACUAUUUGUUGAUAUAACAAAUAGACAUCAGCUCAACAAUAUUCUUCAUAUGGCCAGUCAGAUCUCAGGAAAGCAUUAGUUGAAUGUACACUGACGCGUUAUAACAUGUACUUAGCAUUUUCCUAUAGUUCCGUUCAAAAGCCUAAAAAAAACUAAAAACAGAGAACAAAAUGUCACUAAGUCGUAUGUACAAGCAGUUGUGUUUCUGUAGCGUAUGGUCCCCUCAAGAGCAAAAUCUGUAUUCGAUAAUGCAAUUCUGAUUAGAAACGACUUUUAGACACGGCGGGACAUGUCCACCAAGCGCGUCUUUCCGGCUUCAAUUUCGAUUUGUCUUUCAAUUUAGAUGCGUGAAGCUAAAAGACGCACAAACAACUUGGCACUAAUGCGUUUUACUGCCCACCCGGCGCGUCCUUACCGUUCACAGGAUCUGACAGCAGGCAUGGGAUUUCUAUUGCAAACACAAUCAGACGGAGGUAAAAAAAUAGAAAGUAUUCACAUGAGGGUAAAUUUUAAGGAGUCUAGGUCCAAAGCAAGAUUUUUUUCUACUUUGAAUUGUACUGUCUAUAUUGUAUUCAU